UAUCUGACGCUCGUGUUAGCACAUGAUGUUAGCAUAGUAGCGCUGUGCAAGGGGCGUCACAGUUUGUGCUACAGGACAGAUAAAAGCCUGCCAGAACGGGGAGAUAAAGACAGAACUUCAACGGUGAAGUGGAGCAUCGUCUCCUACACAAAUAAACCAGAAAUGCAGUCCGUGGUGAAGCAGAACUUUCAUGUGGAGACGGAGGCAGACAUCAACAAACUGAUCAACCUGAAGCUCACGGCGUCCUACACGUAUCUGGCUGUAGGAAUGUAUUUUGACAGGGAUGAUGUUGCCCUGCCAAAUUUCUCCAGCUUUUUCCUCGAGCAGUCCGUAAAGGAGAGGGACCAGGCUGAGAAACUGCUGGACUAUCAGAACAUGAGAGGAGGACGCAUUUUACUCCAGACCAUACCUAAACCAACUAGAGAGGACUGGAGAGGUGGACUCGAUGCAGUGUCCUUCUCUUUGGAUUAUCAGAAGUCCCUCAAUGGCUGCAUUCUGGACAUCCAUCGCCGAGCUGGCAACAAUGGUGAUCCUCAUCUGUGUGAUUUUCUGGAAGAACAUUUUCUUCAAAACAGCCAUGAAACCAUCAAGAAGCUGGGUGACUAUGUGGGCAGUCUGGGCCGUAUUGCCACAAAUGAAACCUCCGGUUCAAUGGGAGAAUACCUUUUUGAUAAACACACUCUUUAAGGCAAUGUAGCAAUACACUCUCCCUCAAAUCUCAAAAAGCUAAUUAGAAAUACCUCAUUUUUACAGUACUAACAACUAUGGUGCUAGUAGUUACACAUUUCAAAAGUCACAAUAUGCUUUCAUUGCUGCUGGAUUGAAAUUAGAAUGAUGUAUCAUGUUAACAUUCCGUUAUGUUGGAAAACUGUGAAUCAGAUUUUUUCAAAUGCAAAGAUUAUGUUAAAUUUGGAUAAAAUAAAAUUUGAACUGAGAUGA